UGCUACAGAAAAGCAAGGAAAUGAUUACUAAACACCACCACCCAAAAGUUAAUUGUGAGACAUUUGGAGUUUUCCUCUACCUUAUCCGUCUUAGUUCACAGUCUGAGUUAGGACUGAGACACUCAUGGAAGACAAUCAACUAGAGUAUCUUUACUAUAAGACUCUAUUUGACAACGCCAGGCAUGGAAAAUUUCAGAGAGCACAUUCUUACUUGGAGAAGGAGCCUGCGUUGGGCAGAACUUUUAAUAAGGAUUUAGGAGAAGUCAGGGGGAAGUUCAACUAGUUUAGGGAAUAGUUCAAAGAUGGUUCUCAGAAAUAGGAGGGAUUAUUUUUAAGGAUGAGGAGCUACUGUGUGGGAUUUUACCAAGGAGGGUGGGGAGGAAUAGUCAGUGGAUGAAGUCAUAUAGAAGAGGAAUAGGGAGGAAUAUCUACUGAGGACAAGGACAUUCAAUGGCCACCAGUGGAAAAUUCUCAGUCCAUUAGUGUCUCUUGCAGGGACCAAAUGCAAACCCAGGUCUUCUGACUCCUGGAGAGAGCUCUUUCCACAUCCAAGAGUGGAAAUGCCCCAGCCUUCCUCACUUUGGUAGGUGAUUGAGGAAGAAGGAUGAGCAGUCCUGGGCCUACCCAUGGAAAGAGAGGUUGAGAUAAAUAGAGGCCUGGACAACAAAGGCAAAAUUGGGAUAUUUUACCACUUUGCCCUGGGUAUACAAUUUAUCUUCAACCAGACCAGGGCCUGCAGGAGUUGAGUCCUAUACAUUUCUGGUCUGCAGCUACAUGAAUGGAAUUCUGCCACUAGUGAUUGAGAAAACUCAAGGACUUCCCUACAAUGGAGUUUUAUUUCCUAAUGGCUUGGCUCUGGAAGCAUCAUUAUAUCAAUAAUUUUUGUUUCUCUUAACCAAAUUCUUCUCAGCUCAAUCCUGAGAUUUUUCAGCUGUGAACCUGGUCAGCCUCCUAUGUAGCCCAUUAUACCUUUCUGCCCAAUGGGCAAGGCAGCCCUGUGUACUGGCCAUUCAGCGAUAGCGGUACAUUAAUGUUCAUUUUUCCUGCUGUGCCUUUAAGAGCUGCAGGAAUGCAAAGGAAGUCUGGAGGAGGGGUGGGGUCUCCUAAUAGGACUUCUGGGAAAAAGAUCCUAGAAGUUUUUGCCAGAAACUAAACUGAUAUUCUGACCCUGAGAAGUUAGGAAUGGUUUGGGUCAGGCGUGUGAUUGGACAGCAGAAUUCACUAGGGAGGAGGAAAGCAAAAGUAAAAAGGAAACAGAUGGGGGAAGGGGUUGGGAAGAAGCCCUCUCUACCUCCACCCCAAUACACACGCACCGAAGCCUGGAAGCAGCGGCAUUCCACCACGAACCUGGGGAGGGUCGGUGUGUCAAGGGUGAGGGCGACAGAUGUUGGACCCAGGGAACUCUCUGCCACAAGUUGGCCUACAAGGCCUCCAGGGACCAGCUAGCUGACAGCUGGACUUGAUCACCAGCUUGCAAACUGAGAUCAUGCGUCGUCGGGUGGAAUAACAAGCAGACUUAGCUCUCUGGCUGUGCAAGACGCUGUUUUUGGAGGAUUUGCCACAGCAACAGAUAGAAAGCAGGAGACCACCACCUGGACCCUUGAAUCUUCUUCUACAGCAUAAGAGAUUCCAACCCUUGGUGUUUGCAGGAAAAUGGUGGCUCUUUGGCGAGCUUCUGCGUUGCUGGUUCUGUUUCUCGCAGCUUCUCUGCCCCCGCCGCAGUGUGCCCAGGACCCAGCCAUGGUGCAUUACAUCUACCAGCGCUUUCGAGUCUUGGAGCAAGGGCUGGAAAAAUGUACUGAAGCCACGAGGGCAUACAUCCAAGACUUCCAAGAGUUCUCAAAAAACAUAUCCGCUAUGCUGGGGAGAUGUCAGACCCACACAAAUGAGUACAAGAGUGCAGUAAAUAACUUGGCACUGAGAGUCGAACGUGCCCAGCGGGAGAUUGACUACCUGGAAUACCUUCGAGAAUCCGAUGUGUGUGUAGAAUCAGAGGACAAAACGCUGGCAGAAAAGCUACUUCAAGAAGCAGAAGAAGAGAAAAAGAUCCGGACUCUGCUGAAUGCAAGCUGUGACAACAUGCUCACGGGCAUAAAGUCUCUGAAAAUAGUGAAGAGGACGACAGAUACACAUGGCUCUUGGAUGAAAGAUGCUAUCAGUAACUCUCCAAAGGUGUAUUUCUUAAGUGGAUCCAGAAACAAUGUUGUUUGGGAAUUUGCAAACAUGCACGCAUUCAUGGAGGAUAACACCAAGCCAGCUCCCCGGAAGCUAAUCCUAACACUUUCCUGGCAGGGAACAGGCCAAGUGAUCUACAAAGGUUUUUUAUUCUUUCACAACCAAGGGACCGCUAAUGAGAUAAUCAAAUAUAAUCUGCAGAAGAGGACUGUGGAAGACCGAAUGCUGCUCCCAGGAGGGGUGGGCCGAGCACUGGUCUACCAGCACUCCCCCUCAACUUACAUCGACCUCGCCGUGGACGAGCAUGGGCUCUGGGCCAUCCACUCAGGGCCCGGCACCUAUGGCCAUUUGGUUCUCACGAAAAUUGAGCCAGACACGCUGGGCGUGGAGCACUCAUGGGACACUCCAUGCAGAAGCCAGGAUGCCGAAGCCGCAUUCCUUUUAUGCGGGGUUCUGUACGUGGUCUACAGUCCUGGUGGCCAGGGCCCUCACCGCAUCACCUGCGUCUUUGAUCCGCUGGGAACUAUUGGUGAGGAGGACCUGCCCAACUUGUUCUUCCCCAGGAGGCCAAGAAGUCACUCUGUGAUCCAUUACAAUCCCAGAGAUAAGCAGCUCUAUGCCUGGAAUGAAGGAAACCAGAUCAUUUACAAACUCCAGACAAAGAGAAAGGUGCCUCGAGAGUGAUGUAUGACAGCCAGAGCACCGGGCUUUGGCAGCUGCUCUCCAGAACACUGAGGCCACAUGGCCCCUUCACAGUGUAACAGCCCUCUAAUCACACGCAGAAAUUGGGUCUCGAUGCAUCCUUUCCCAGAGGUCACUGCCUUAGAUAUCUUCCAAGAGUUCAGAUGAGAGUCUGUCACUGGGAAACUUUCAACAAUGUCCAUUACUCAUCCACACCACCUGGCUCUUGAGGCCAACAGCAUUACUUCUGGCCCUUUCUGAUCCAGCUUACUUCUGGCCCUUUCUUCUACUGCUCUCAAGCAUCUACCCUAACUCUGCCCUCUUCCCCCCAACAUGUAGAACGGUAUGCUACCUCCUAAAACUCACUGGCUUUUCUCUCCUCUGGCCUUGGCUCGAGCUCUCCCCUCUUUCUCCAAUGCCUAUUGAUAUUUUCCUCUUUUUCACUGUCCAAUUAAAGUACCAUUUCUUAUUGAGCUUUAAUCUCUAUUUCCCCUAGCCCUGCCCUUCCACCAAGCUAGAUGGAUGUAAUAAUAGAGUAAAAAUAUUAACAUUUGAAUACUGCUUUCUAGUUACAAAGUGUUUGCAUGUCAUUUAAUUCUCAUCUCAGCCUUGUGAGAUAUGCACAAGUCUUUACAAUUUGCAUUUUAGAAAUGAGGAGAGUUCAGGUGAGUCAUUCAAAGUAACACUACAAAGUGAAAGAGCUACAGUAGUACAAAUCUCACAGUCUUUCCAUUGCCCAAGGAAGCAUCAAAUAUGUAUGCUUGUUUGCCUAGUCGUUUAUAGUCACUGUGUUCAUCAUUUCAGCCUAAAUAAUAGUCUGCCCCUUUAGCCAGUUUUCAUGUCUGUACAAGACCUUUCCACAGGCCUUUCAAAAGCUAUUUCUUCCAGAACCAGCCUAAGGCUGAGGACCCCACCUCUAGCCUCAUCUUGUCUUACUGUCCUCUGCUUCCCUCUUCUUGCUUUAAAUACAAUAAAAGUGACACUUAGCAAA